CUUGUGUCACUAAUAGGAUAAGAAAGUAUUAUAAAAAAAAGAUAGCAUAUGGAAGAAAAAAAGAGAACAGUGAGGGGGUGUAGUAGUAGUAAUAGUAAUAAACAUGUGUUAAUGAUUCCAUACCCAAGCCAAGGUCACUUAAACCCAAUGCUUCAAUUCAGCAAACGUUUGAGCACAAAAGGAGUUAAAGUCACAAUGGUCACAACAAUUUUCAUCUCAAAAACAAUGCAUCUCAAAUCAUCAUCCUUACCUUCCACUCUUCAGUUUGAUUUCAUUUCAGAUGGAUAUGAUCAAGGUGGCUUUGCACAAGCUAACAACAUAUCAACCUAUCUAUCUCACAUGGAAACCAUAGGUUCCAAUAAUUUGAAAGAACUCAUAAAAAAAUACAACUUUUCUAAUGACCCUAUAGAUUGUGUAAUAUAUGACCCUUUGAUUUAUUGGGUAUUGGAUGUAGCCAAAGAGUUUGGAUUAUUAGGAGCUGCUUUUUUCACUCAAAUGUCUGGUGUCAAUUACAUAUAUUAUUAUGUUCAUCAUGGACUUUUAAAGCUUCCAAUUUCUUCGAUGACAAUUUCUAUACAAGGGCUUCCUUUGCUUGACAUCAAAGAUACACCCUCAUUUGUUAAUGACCCUGGCUUCUAUCCUGCUUACUAUGAGUUGGUUAUGAAUCAAUUUUCUAACAUCCAUAAAGCAGAUGUCAUUCUUGUCAAUUCCUUCUACAAGCUAGAAGAUAAGGUGGUAGAUUCUAUGUCAAAGCUAUGUCCAAUAUUGACAAUUGGGCCAACAGUUCCAUCUUUUUACUUGGACAAGGAAAUUCCAAAUGACAAAGACAAUGAUUUGAAUCUCUUCCAAUUAGACUCAUCAGCCAUUAAUUGGUUGAACACAAAGCCUGAAGGGUCAGUUAUUUAUGUAUCAUUUGGUAGCAUGGUAUGUUUUAGCAUAGAACAAAUGAAGGAAAUAGCAUUGGGAUUAAUUGGAAGUGGUUUAAAUUUCUUAUGGGUGGUCCCUAAUAUGGAGGGAAAAAAUAUCUCAAAAGAGUUGGUGGAGGAAAUUAGUUUAAGUGGAAAAGGGUUGGUAGUGAAUUGGAUACCACAAUUGGAAGUGUUAUCCAACAAAGCUAUUGGUUGUUUUGUAACACAUUGUGGUUGGAAUUCAACACUUGAAGCAUUGUGUUUAGGGGUGCCUAUGGUUGCAAUUCCACAAUGGACUGAUCAGCCUAUGAAUGCUAAAUUUGUUGAGGAUGUUUGGAAAGUGGGAAUUAGAGUUUUGGUAUAUGAGAAUGGGAUUGUGACAAGAGAAGAGAUUGAGAGUUGCAUUAGGGAAGUGAUGGAAAGUGAACAUGGAAGAGAAAUGAGGAUUAAUGCUAAGAAAUGGAGGGAAUUGGCUAUAGAAGCAGUAAGUCUUGGUGGCUCUUCAGACAACAAUAUCAAUGAAUUUGUAAAUUCACUCAAUAGAUCCUAAACUAAUAUUGAUAUUGAUUAUGAAUUUGUAAAUAAGUUGAAUAUGUCCCUAUUGUUUUCAAUUAAUAUUGGUUAUGGAUCCCCAAAAUUACAACUGAGGGAGUCUUUUUGGAUUUGGAUUGUAUGAGAAGUUUAUUUUCCUUAUGCCCAUGGUGCUUUUAUAUA